CUCACCGCCACUUCGAAACUGCCAACGCUGUGCUAAGAGCACAGCUCUGGCAGUAAGAUCUUCUUAGCUCUGGGAUUUACUAAAGAUAUGUGAAAUAAUAUUGGACUACAACAGAGGAGCAAAUUUAAUGUGCUCUUGCUCCUUUAAAAGUUUAUAGAGAAAUAUUCCUAUUCAUGAAUACAUAUAACUAAGUUUUGAAAGUUAUCUACGAAAAAUUAAAUCGUUCACUAAGAAGUGACGUGAUAUUCAUGUUUCGUAAGAGGGAGUCAGCUGCCAAACAUUACAAGAUGAUGGUGGGGAGCGCCAUGCAAUGGGUGAGCGGCGUGCUGGGCACCAUCACGGUGGAGCCAGUCAUGCUGGUGGAUGGAGCUUGCAAGGAAGCAAUGCUUAUUUACACCGAAAAUGUUCAGAUGAACAAAAUUUGCUCCGUCAAACUGGGAUAUUCACCUGAGUGUCUUCUCUGCAGGUUUGUGCAAUCUGACGGCCCAUCCGCAGGAAAGUGUCAACGUCCAAAGAGAGUUUUCCUUGUUCGCCUUCUACAACAGCAUCCUCAUGUCCAUCCCGCCACUCAUCUUUAUUCUCUUCAUGGGGGCCUGGAGUGACAAGUAUGGCAGGAAGAUUUCUUUGCUGGUGACUAUGUGUGGCCACAUGAUCUACGCCGCUGGGUACUUGGUGUCUCACUGGCAGACCACCUGGCCGGUCGAGUUGCUCUACCCAAUAACAUUCUUCGACGCUUUGGGCGGAAGUAAUGUCGGCAUUAUUUCCGCCACCACUAGUUACAUCAGUGAUAUAACAAACGAAAAACAACGAACGUCACGUAUGAUCGUGGCAAACUCCCUGUGGUACCUCGGGGGCCCCGUGGGAACCUUGGUGGCGGCUGUGAUGAUUAAGCACGUCGGCUACCACCUGCCCUUGGCCAUGGCUCUGGUGGCUUACGUUGCAGCCACUGUGUACAUCGUUAUUUACGUCAAAGAAAGUCACGGUCCUUUCGCAGGGAAAAAUUCGCACGCUCAGGAGUCAGCUCCGCCGCAGAAAGUGACAAUUGUCAAGAUGUUGGCGGACUUCUUUAACUGGAGAAGAGUGGCAGAGUCGUUCAAAACUGCCUUCAAGAGGCGUGACGGCAACUUACGUGCGAUACUUAUCACUGUUAUCAUUGCAAACAGCAUACGUCGUUUGGCCAGAGGGUUCUUCAUGUACCAGUUCGUGCGUCACGUGCUGCACUGGGACGCCACGGAUUACGGCUACUGGAUCUCCUAUCGCAAUUUUCUGGCUGCUUUUGGCUCUCUCUUCCUCGUGCCUCUAUGCUCAAAGAUCCUUAACAUCAAAGACACGCUACUCAUCAUCAUGGGGGCGUUGUCCAUCGUGUCGGAGUACGCGUGCUACGGCAUGGUGGGCGGCGUGGCGCAGACCUUCCUUAUGUGGCUGGGUCCCGCUGUCAGCAUCAUAUCCAAUGCUUACAUUAUCGCCUUCAGAUCAAUGUCCACCAAACUGGUCACCUCGCAGGAAAAAGGACGCAUCAGUGCCGUCAUGGCGGCGCUCAACGGACUCAUGCCGAUGGCCGGAUACGCUAUCUAUUCUCCAAUCUACUACUACACAGUGGACACUUUUCCAGCAACUCAGUUCUUCUUCGGCGCGAUCCUCAACCUCAUGGUCAUGAUUGCUUUCAUAGGAAUUGAGGUAUCGAAUGCUGCAGUAAUUCACACCAACGAUGAUGCAGAGAAAGGGAAAAAGGACGACACUUCCAAAAGCGUUCCUGAUGAACCCAAGCUGAAUAAAUUGCCUGUCACCCUCACACCGCUCAGCAGGUCAGCCAGUCUGCCAAGCGGUAGAUGCGCCUCCUGGAUUCCUAAAGGGUCAAGGCAACCCCCAUCCCGCAACGAGCCCACGGUCUGGUAUAGCAACGCACUCACUGACUCCGAGCUUACAGCAUCGGAGGUGGGCGGCAGCUACUCAACAAAAACUAGUAAGUGACUCAACAGGCUGGGCCAAGGGCAUGGGAUUCGAUGGCUGGAAGUUGAUCCACACCCUAGUGAACUACCUCAUUAUGUAUUGCAUGGUAGUGAGUAACGUACCAGUGCACAGGCAGAGAGAGAGAGAGAGAGAGAGAGAGAGAGAGAGAGAUGAAUGCAUAUUAGUGACCUGGUAGCGUAACUGUUUUUUUCAUAGCUCUCGACCCACAACCGAGAGGUCUGGGGUUCAAAUAUACUCCCAUGAUGCAAUACUCCUGUACACCCAACAGAGGAAAGGUACAGGCAUAAGUCAAGCUAUGAUCUCGCGUUUCCCCGGAGCAAGAAGGCAACUUUGGCUUCUUUCCCGUGCGCGCGCGCGCGUGCGUGCUUGCGCGCGUGUGUAUGUGUGUGUGUGUGUGUGUGUGUGUUUCUACGGAAAGACCGGAAUAAUUUGUGCCACAUCGAAGUGUAGUUGCAGGUUUACUCAAGGUAUAUUUAUCACAUUAGCAGAUGGGGAAUGUUAUGUGGAACGUACUUAAGAGUAGCGCGUGCAUUUGUACGAGCGGUAGCCUUUAUAACAUAAUAUAGUAAGAAUUUAAGUAAAACAAUAUGGACACGAUCGAACUAUGAAAAAAUUUCAGAAACAAUACUGAUUUUCAUCUGAUUCAAUUUUUUUUUUCUCGUAAAUGGAUGCAGUAAGUUUGUAAGUGUAAGUGUUAUGGUGCUGAAGCUAAACUGUUCUGAAACAUUUCCUUUCUUUGUUCAACACAUGUGGCCCACGCUGAGGAGGAUAGGCUCUGUCGAUAGGCUACAUUGUAAAUUCUAUUGUACGUAUGUACAUAACUACCCUCUGCUUGUAAACGCUGUAAUUAUUUAAGACAGGUUAGGAGAUGUUUGUACGCUUAAAUAAAUACAUUGACUUUA